UUUCCCUGCAUGAGCCCAACAGAAUAUAUUCCUAAUUGCGGUAUUUGCCAGAAGUUACAAUAAAAACAUACAGCGUGGCAAAAGUCUUCACUUUACAAAUUGCCUGUCAGAGGAAACCGACUAAGACUUGAUGGUAAAGGGGAACCCAGUCUGAAAGCAUGGCCUCUCCGCUGUACUACUUACUUUAAUUCUGCAGUCUGCACCAUGAUGAACGCCUCAUGUGUCUCUGAGGCUUCCAAUGUGACCAUGGAAACACUGGGAGGUCACCGAAUAUGGGAGGUAGUAGUGAUCGUCCUCAUCACCGGCCCCCUUUCUCUGGCCACCAUCAUCGGCAACUUGCUAGUCGUGAUCUCAAUUCGGGUGAACAGACACUUGCACACGGUCAACAACUACUUCCUGCUCAGCUUGGCUGUGGCAGACCUCAUCCUUGGAGCCAUCUCCAUGAACUUGUACACCACUUACAUUAUUAUGGGUCGCUGGGCUCUGGGGAACCUCGCCUGCGAUAUCUGGCUAGCCAUCGACUAUGUCACCAGCAACGCGUCCGUCAUGAACCUGCUGGUCAUCAGCUUCGACCGUUUCUUCUCCGUCACACGGCCCCUCACUUACCGGGUCAAGCGCACCCCCAAGAGGGCGGCGAUUAUGAUUGGCCUGGCUUGGACCGUCUCCUUCGUGCUGUGGGCACCCGCCAUCUUGUUCUGGGAGUACAUUGUGGGAAAGAGGACUGUGGAUAAGGGGAGAUGCUCCAUCCAGUUCCUGUCUGAGCCCAUCAUCACAUUCGCUACAGCCAUCGCCGCCUUCUACCUCCCUGUGACCAUCAUGAUUGUCCUCUACUGGCGCGUCUACCGGGAGACGAAGAAUCGUAGCCGUGAUUUGUCAAGCCUGCUGGGCUCAGUAGGGAGCCGGGGACCUUCACAAGCAUCCACUUGGCCACGAGCCUACACCAGCAGCAACAGGAGUAGCAUACGGAUCUCCAGGGAGACUCCGGCCAGAGAGAGCCAGGGCAGGGAGGGAUACCCAGGCGUCUUCUCCAUCAGAGAGAAGAUUCCCUGGCUCAUCCGGGGAAGGGGAGCGAUGACCCCAUCACCACGUUCAGGGGUGAGCCACAGUAGCUGGCAUCUAGGACAGGAAGAUAUCUCCAGCUGCCCUUCCUCAGAGGAGGAGACAGAGAAGGAUGCUAAACCAUUGGGCACCGUGAUGGUGUGCCUGCCCCUAAUUCAUAUGAGUGACGUGCAAGGUAAUAUGAGACGGGACUUUGAGCACAAGCCUCGGAGUUGUCGAGCAAGGCAGCUGGGCAGUCUGUCCUCCCUCAACACGGACAGCGCCCCCCCCUCAAGCCGUCCCAAAACACCCAACACCAAAAGGCGGAGCAUGAUCGUCAAGGAAAAGAAGGCCGCUAGGACCCUAACCGCAAUCCUGCUGGCCUUCAUUCUGACCUGGACACCCUACAACAUCAUGGUUCUCGUGUCCAUCUUCCACUGUGUGCCCAAGAGGCUUUGGGAGCUCGGCUACUGGCUCUGCUACGUCAACAGCACGGUGAACCCUGUGUGCUACGCCCUCUGCAACAAGUCCUUCCGGGUGACCUUCAAGAUGCUGCUGCUCUGCCGCUGGGACAGGAGGAAGUGGCGCAAGGCACCACAGAGUGCCCCCCCGUCCUUCAGACCGCACACCAGCAGUACAGUCUGA